GAAUUAGUCAAUAUAAUAAGUACUUCCUGGAAACUGUAAACAAAAAGUAAUUAAUUUAAUUACAGUUUAUUACAAACAUGCCAAAGAAAAAAUCAGGAAAGAAGAAGAAGAAGUCAGCAAAAUCAUCCAAAGAAGACAAACAUGCGACAGCAGAAACACCUGAGCCAGGUACACUUAUAGCUGCUGACGGUACAGAUGCUGGUAUUUCCGGUCUCCUUCAGGAAAAUAACAAUGCUGACGGAAAGGGUAAAAAGAAGAAAAAGGGAAAAGGAAAGAAGAAAAAGAUGACAAAAUCAGAAAAAGAUGUGGCAAAGUUAGAGAAAGCCUGUGACAAGAUGCGUGCGGAGAAAACCCAGUUUCAUGACUUCAUUAACAGAAUGGAUAGCUGGCUGGUGAAGAACCAUAAAAAUAUUGCCCGAUAUUUCCGUAGAUUUGACGAGGAUGGGGAGGGAAUACUAACAUAUGAGGAUUUCAAAUCUGGUAUGCUGGACAUGUUGUGCCCAUGUACAAAUGUAGAGUUGUACAUGUUAUGUAAGCUACUUGAUAGAGAAAAUACAGGUGACAUAGAUUUCACUGAGUUUUCCAAAGGUUUGAAAUAUAUUAGAGAGUUGGAGGACCUAGAAAGAGAUGAGGAGGAGGCUGAUAAAAUUCUUAUCCUCACUGAGAGGAACUUUGAAAAAUGUAAAUGUUGUAAAAUGAGUAUAGUUGGUCCCUAUCAAGUUAAAUAUCCAAGAUUUAUAUUACUUGAGUUGCGUCUGGUUGCAUUUAAUGACAUUAAAGAACAUCCCGGUCACAUUGAAGUUCUCGUCCAUUCACAUAUACCAGUCAGUUCACUUCAUCAAAUUAUAGUCGACGAGACGGGGAUCAUGUCAACAAAAUUGUCCAUAUUCCACGAUAAAUCACGGAGUCGAGAAGCCAUGUUGCCAAUGCAUAUGGCGUUACAAGACCUCGGAUAUGAAGGGGACACUUACGAUGACCCGGAGGAAUUGACAUUGUUUUAUGACUAUAAAGUGGAAUUUAUUGACUGCCCAUUGUUAUUGUGUGAUCAUUAUUUUGGAAAGAAAAUUGAAACAAAUAUGCAUAGGUUGACUGCUGUAUAGUUGUAAAAUAUGGGGCUUUAGGAGGUAUGGAAGACCAUUGUUGUUUAAAUUAUGUUUUCCAUUUCAAAA